CAAGUUUUUGUCUGCUGGGUAGCUUCACCUGUAGCUCUACCUUUAGCUUUACCUCUAGCUUUACUUUUGCAACUUCAACACUUGUUAACCUGACUUCAUCAUGCACUGGCCAGCGUUUUUCAUCAUCUUCUCGUUGUUUGCCUUGGCUGCCCCUCAGGUGUUGUUGCGUCGUCGUCAGGUGGUUACACCCACCUGGCUUAUGGGUCCUAGCAGGCCCAACUCCAAUGCAGGAGCCCCCAAAGUACAGGUCACGCAGCAGAACCUCAGGGAAGUGGCCGCCUGGCGAGCUGUUAUCCAAAAGGCUGUCGAUGAGGGCACCUAUGUGGUAGCCGCACCUCCACCGCAGGAGUUUAUAGCGAGCCUUGGUGGCAGUUUUCCAUCACCCUUGCCACAGUUUUGGGCACCUGCCCCCAUACCAGCCUUCAACUUUACCUACAUUUGGCCCAGAUUUGGCUAA